UACUUAGGCGGACGCAGCUUUCGAUUUCACAAAGUUUCCCCCAUCUAUUUUUCAUCUCCUUCGAAAACACCACACAUCCCACUUCAAAUUCCCAAUUGCCGGCGAGCUGGCCGUCCCCACAGCCUCCCACGGUCGCCCCCUCCGACUCGCGAGACUCUCGCGCCUCUGCGUUGGACCAACUCUGCCGUCGAUGUGUAGAUCCACCUCCGCCAACACCUCGCCGCCGCUGCAGAGGAGGUGCCGACCUCCGACGCCCGACGCCAGCAGCCGCUCGCCGUCCGACGCCAGCAGCCACUGCCGUCUCGGAGUCCAAUUUGAGGUUAGAUUUGACGCCACCGCCGAGGAUUUGCAGUCAGCCACCGCCGUCUCCCAAUCAAAGGUUGCUCGCUGUACAAAGAUAAUCAAUCCAAACACUGGAGAUGCAAAGUAUAUUAUCAAUGUCAAGCAAAUUGCAAUGAUAGUGGGAGGAGUUUCUAGUGCGAGAGGUUCACGUGGGAGAGGAGGAGGUUCUAGUGGUAGGGGUGCUCCAUCAUCUUCAAACCCUACAUCAUCCACAAGAUGCAUGAAUUAGUUGCUUCACAGAGUCAGCCUAUGGAUGAUGAUUCUGAUCCGCCAGAGAUCGAUAUGAACAAAGUGUAUGUAGAGGCUGUUGGUGGACUCGACAAGAAGAAGAGAAUGUUUGGAGUUGGUGGACUUGCAGCCAGCUAUAGGAGCAGUGAGCAGUCGAGUGGUACAUCUCAGUUCCAUGGCCAUACUGUCGAUCCACAACGGCUUGUGGACAUGGAGCUGCAGUUGCAGGAUGCUUUAGCGGAGAUAGCACGUCAGAAGGAGGAGAUGAGGCAGAAAGAAGAGCAGAUCGAUGCUCGAUUUGAGGCUCAGCAGCGUAUGUUCGAGGACGCUCAGCAGCGUAUGCUCGAUCGAUAUUGGCUAGGCUUCCACCUGGAUCUACAGGACCCACUCCACCCACCAGACCAUCAUCUUGAUUAUUAUGUUGUGUUCUGUACUUUAAAUUGAAUAUUUGACUAUUUGUCUAUUUCUAUUAUGUUUCUUAACACUUGAAUAUUUUGUUAUGUUAUGACAUAUGAAUGAUAUUUUAGAAUUUUAAUAUUUU